CCGCAGAGCUCCUUGGGCCGUGUCACGUGACGCGCGCAAGAUGGCGGCGGUGCGGGCGGUCCUGGGGUCCCGGGGGGGCCCUGCCCUGCGCCCCCCACCUGGGCAGAGCCGGGGGGCAGCGGGGGGGCUGCUGCAGCUCCUGGGCCGGUGGCUCAACAACAUGGAGGUGGCCGUGGCCUGGGGAGAGCGGCUGCAGCGGCAGCGGCUGCAGCGGAGGAACGCGUACUGCGGCUUCCUCAGAGACACGUACGGUGACAAUGUGGCAGCCGCCGCCUUCACCCUGUCCUUAGGCGGGAGGGUCAGAUUUGAGGGGCAGGAGCACUGGAUGCAGCCAGAGGGCCGCUGGCACCCUGAGGUGUUGCGCCUCCGCGAUGUCCCUGUGGUGGCCGUGGACCUCAGUGGCUCCCCCCUCACCUACAGCGGCUUGGACAACUUGGUGCCACUGACCCAGCUGCAGCACCUCGACCUGAGCGGCUGCCCCCACCUUGACGACUGGGCGCUGGGGCGACUGCACGUCUUCGGGGACAGCCUGCAGGAGCUGUCGGUGUCCCGGUGUCCCCGCAUCACUGAGAGGGGCCUGGCCACCCUCCACCACCUCCAGUUGCUCCGGCGCCUGGACGUGGCAGGGGUUCAUGUGCCCAGCCCGGGGCUGGUCCAUAUUCUGCUGGAGGAGAUGCUGCCUGGCUGCCAAGUCCUGGGCUUGGACCUUGGGGACAGUGUGAAGAUGGGGACACCGAUGCCACCGGGGAGGGGACAGUCCCCCCCCUGAGGCAAGCAGGGGGUUGGGGUGUGUAGGGACCCAACGCUGCUGUUCCCCUGGAGCAUUAAACACCUUGUGCCUCCUC